AUGGCCGGUCGUCAUCCGCUUCAGAGGCUCGCGUCCCCAUCGAGACAACUUUCUGUUUUACUUCACCUGGUGGGGAUACUGUCUUUUGCGAGCUCGUUCAAGUUUCUAAGUACAUGGGAAACACCAAUGUCAGCUGCCUUCGGAGGGCACUUCCAGUUUCUCACCAUUAUUGGACUCUCCCUGGCGUUAUGCACCUUCGGGGUCGGGUUUCUAGCCGACAUUACGCUUUCCUCUCGGCUAUUUGCGCUGAAGAAUGUCCUCUCCGUAUGCUCGACACCACUAGAGGUAUUGAUCAGCAUCCUAUAUUGGGGUCUUUGCGCUAUCGACAAAAGCUUAGUCUUCCCGCCCGAGUUCCAGUUGGACUUGCUCCCAGAUCUAGGAUUCCAUGCCGCGCCGGCAGUUUUCCUAGCGGUGGAUCUGCUGCUCCUCAGUCCGCCGUGGAUGAUUCAUGGCUUCUCAUCGUUGGCCCUGAGCGAAACUUUGGCACUGUUAUACUGGUUUUGGGUAGAGUACUGCUUCUCCCGCAAUGGCUGGUACCCCUAUCCCAUUUUCGAUCAGCUUAGCACGUGGCAGCGGAUGGUAUUGUUUACGUUCUCUGCCCUGUUGAUGACUGGAAGCACUACGAUAUUAAAAUGGACUUAUGGAAAAGUCAACGGUAUCGAGGAAUUUAAAAGGGAGGCUGUAGCGGAUCCUGCAGGUAUCCGGAAGAGGAAGUGA